AUGGAGUACAGCGGCCCCACAGGCGCAGCAGCAGCAGCAGCAGCAGCAGCAGGAGGGUCCCCAGGAAGCUCGCUGCGUGGGCCUGCAGCAGCUUCCCCCUCCCUGGGCGCGCCCGCAGCAGCAGCAGCAGCAGCAGCAGGGGAGGAGUGGGUGCAUGCGUUCUCGCGGGUGCGGGCGUGGCGAGCAGCAGCAGCAGCAGAAAAACUUGCUGCUGAAGACGACAGCAAAGCUCUUGCUGCCCUUCGGGGCCGCAGCAUGCAGGGUGUAUGUACAGAUGACUUGCGGCUGCUGGCCAAAAGGCUGCCGCACCCGCAGCGGCGGCUGCAGCUGGGAGCAGCAGCACUUCGCAUCAGGCCCAGCAGCAGCAGCAGCAGCAGCAGCAGCAGCGGGGGCGGCAGCAGCGGCAGCAGCAGCGGCGGCAGCAGCGGCGAGGGCGGCAGCAGCAGCAGCUGCAGCAGCAGCAGCAGCAGCAGCAGCAGGGGCAUCAGGGGGGUGGAGACGUAUUUGCUGCAGGUUGCUGCAGCAAAGGAGCAGCAGGAAGCGCAUGCAAUUGCUGAAAAAGAAGGAGGCAAAAGAAGGCAGCCCCUGACCAUUGAAGGACUCUCAGGUGUAUCGACAGCUCAACUCGACGCCAUUGCGCCCCCCUACCCGCUGAUGGAGGGCCUCGCGCCCGCAGCAGCAGGCAGCAGCAGCAGCAGCAGCAGCAGCUGCAGCAGCAGCAGCAGCGAAGGAGCUUUGACAGAAGAAGAAAGAAAUGGAGUGCUGCUGAAAGUUGCUGCUGCUGGAUUGGUCCCGUGGCUGAAGAAAGUCCAUUUGCUGCUGCGCGCAAUUGACCCGCAGCACGAAUUGCCUUUUGAAAACGCGGAUUCGAUGAGUGCCUUUGGAGACCUUUCGUGUCCCGUGCUGCCUUCUGGCUACCUGAGGAGUCCGCCUGCAGCAGCAGCAGCAGAUUCUGCUGCUGCUGCUGCUGCUGCUGGUACGCUGGAUGAGCUGCUGGCGUCUCUCAAGCCCUAUGCAGCAGAUGCUCAAUGCGACUGUCUCCUCGAGACUUUGCCGCUGCCCUCUUCUCUCGAGGCCUUCCUCUUCGGGGGAGAAGACGAAACUGAAGAGGAGGAAGCAACAAAGGAGACAGAGGCCCUUGCGAAUGUUUUGGACGAGCUGCAAAUGGUGCAUGCAAUGGCAGCACAGCCCCCGUCGCUGGUUGCUGGCAGCUGCCUCUGCCCCGUAGUGGUUUGCGAGAAGAACACGCACGAGCAGCUGCUGCAGCUGCUGCAGCAGCUGCAGCAGCUGCAGGAGCAGCAGAGCCCCUCGAAAGCAGCGCAGCAGCAAAAGGAAGAAUUACUUGAACUCUUCAGAGCUCAUUCUUUUUACUUCCAGCCCCUCACUCGCCGAAUGCUUCCCCUGGACUUCGAGCAGCUGCUGCAGGUCACUGCAGCAAAGCCGCUGCUGCUCUGGCAGCGCUCCAGCAGCAGCAGCAGCAGCAGCAACUGCUGCCUGGCGGUCUUCGCGCUGCAGCACUCUCCGUGUCUCACUGUCCUCCCGAAGUCUUACCAGCAGCUCUACAACCACUUCCUUGACGUGCACCUCACCUCCCCGGUCUUGGGCCCCCACGUCUCCGCCUCAAUUUGCAUUUGCCUCAUUUGCGGCUGUCUUCUUUGUGCUGCUGACUGCUGCGAGAUUGAAGUCAGCAGCCUCGAGAAGGAAACAACAACUUUUUCCGCUCUCAGAAGGCACGCCACAGUGUGUGGCUUCGGACUUAGCCUCUUUUUGCAACUUGCUGCUUCUUCGGUGCUGGUGGUGGCUGUGGAUGCUGUGGGGGACCGCGGGGCCAAAUGGGGCUGUUUGCACUUGGACGAAUAUGGGGAGGAGGACCUGCAGCUGCGUCGUGGGAAGCCGCUGCGGCUCUCGGGGCCGCGAGUGCAGCGGCUGGCAAAAGAGUUUUGGACUCAUCAGCUGCGGGCUUUGAAGCGCCUCAGCUGGGCCCGCCUCAGGGGCGUCCCGCGGCUCCGCGAGCCUUUCUAG